AUGUUGAGAUUCCUGCUCGAUGUGUGCAGUCAUGAGAUCGUUGUCUAUCAAUAUAAUAUUGUCAUUGGGGAAUUUGUUUCUGUGCGACUUGCUGAAAUGUUUUUGUUCAACUAUAAGGCUAAGCCAGAGGCCAACCCAAUGUCAUGGUUAAUGCCAAAAAACUACCAGCAUGUCCUUGCCUUUGUUUUUGCCAUUCAAGAGGUCAACAAGAAUAAUCACCUCUUACCAAACAUCACACUGGUGACAGAUAUCUAUGACAACGCAUUUCAUUCCAUGUUUACCUAUUGGGCCACUCUGGAUCUUCUCUUCACAGGACAUAUAGAUCCCUACAAUUACAAAUGUGGCAGGGAGCAGAAGUUAAUGGCUAUUAUUGGUGGGCUCACCUCCCAAAGCUCAACACAGAUAGCCAGCAUCUUAAAUACCUACAAAAUUCCACAGCUCACUUAUGGCUCCUUUGACCCUGUGUUGAGUGAUAAAACCCAGUUCCCUUCUUUCUUCCGGAUGGCUCCAAAUGAAAACCCCCAAUAUGAUGGGAUUGUCCAGCUACUGAAUUAUUUUGAAUGGAACUGGAUUGGCCUUCUCACCUCAGAUGAUGACAGCGGAGAAACAUUUAUUCAGGCUAUGAGACCAAAGCUCUCUCAGAGUGGUAUUUGUGUUGCUCUUCGCCCAUUUCUGAGAAAUGUCCGCUUUAACAAUAGUGCUGGGGAAGAAAUAUUUUUUGAUGAGAAUGGGGAUGUAGCAGCUGGAUAUGAUAUUGUCAACUGGGUCAUGUUCCACAAUAAAUCCUUCCGCAGACUCCUUGUUGGAAGGAUGGACCCGAAGCAUCCUGGAGGCAAAAGGUUCAUAAUCAAUGGAAGAAACAUUGUGUGGAAUCACAAGUUUAAUCAGAAGACACCUCGUGCCAAAUGUGUUGAAAGCUGCCACCCUGGAUACAGCAGAAUCGUCCAGCAGGGGCAACAAGUAUGUUGCUACGGUUGCGCUCAGUGUCCUGAAGGAAGGAUUUCUGUUCAUAUUGAUGCGGACCAAUGUGAGAAGUGCCCAGAAGAUCAAUAUCCAAAUGAGGAAAAGAAUCAAUGCAUCCCCAGAACUGUCACCUUCUUAUCCUAUGGAGAACCUUUGGGGGCAGUUUUGGCAUCUUUUGCUCUUUUCUUUUCCAUUGUCACGGUUGUGGUGAUGGGGAGCUUCAUUCAGCACCACAACACACCCAUUGUCAAAGCCAACAACUGGAGCAUCACAUGUAUCCUGCUCUCCUCUCUGCUUCUUUCCUUUCUGUGCUCCUUCCUCUUCAUUGGCCAACCUCAGAAAGUGACCUGCCUUCUUCGGCAAACAGUUUUUGGAACCAUAUUUUCCAUUGCAGUUUCUUGUGUGUUGGGCAAGACCAUCACUGUGGUUCUAGCAUUCAUUGCUACUAAGCCUGGAAACAAGAUGAGGAAAUGGGUCGGGAAGAGACUGGCAAUGUCAGUCGUCAUUCUCUGUUCCCUUAUUCAAAUUGGCCUCUGUGUUGUAUGGCUGGUAACCUCUCCUCCAUUCCUUGAGUUGGACACACACUCCCAGAUGGGACAAAUAAUAGUGCAAUGCAACGAAGGCUCAGUUAUGAUGUUUUACUUUGUCCUGAGCUACAUGGGUCUUUUGGCCAUCAUCUGCUUCACUGUGGCUUACUUGGCCAGGAAGUUACCUGAUGCUUUCAAUGAAGCCAAGUUGAUUACCUUCAGCAUGUUGGUCUUCUGCAGUGUUUGGGUGUCUUUUGUUCCAUCCUACCUGAGCACCAAAGGGAAAUACAUGGUGGCUGUGGAGAUCUUCUCCAUCUUAGUCUCUAGUUCUGGUUUAUUAGGUUGUAUCUUCCUUCCCAAGUGCUAUAUUAUUUUAAUGAGACCUGAUCUGAACACCAGAGAACAGAUAGGAAAGAAAAAAAGAGAUGAUGCUUAA